AUGGAGCAUGACGCCCAGAAAUCCGGCGGCGAUUCUGCUGCUGGUGGUGGUGAUCAAGAGAUGAGGGCCAUGGUGAAGUUUGAGUUGGAGGCUGCCGAAGCUUUGGCCGGCUUGGCCCAUUCUUCUGUUGCCCUAGAAGAUGAGGACACGGGUACUCACGAUGACGACGGCGGCGCCGAUGACUCAAUGGCGGGAGAUGAGAGUGAGAAUGUUCUUCCUCCGCCGGAGGAUGCUGGUGCAACAACUGCAAUUCGGCUGGAGGAAGAACAGCUAGGAACGAACACUAUCAUUAAUCCAGUUAAGUUAGAUGACCAAGAACAAUGUAGAACCAGUUUCAGUGUAAUGACUGCUGCUGCUGCUGGGGGCAAGUCAAGGCAACCUUUGACUGAGCCUUCAAUUGGAUCACCUAUGAAAUUGCUGUUGCAGUCUGAGAAGGAAGAAAGGCGAUUGCGCCGCGUGUUGGCAAAUAGAGAAUCUGCCAGGCAAACCAUCCGCCGGAGGCAGGCCAUGUUUGAGGAUUUAAGUAGGAAAGCAUCAGAUUUAGCUCAUGAGAACGAGAGCCUGAGGAGGGAAAAGGAGCUGGCAGUGAAAGAAUAUGAUUCAUUGAAAAGCACAAAUGAUUGUCUGAAGGAGCAGAUGGCUAAAUUGGAGGCAGCUGCAGUAGGGGAACUCCAGAAAGGCACAGAAUCAGUCCCAACAGAGGGUGCUGCUUCUUCCUCUGAGGGUACCCCAUUAUUCCAUUUUGACCAGUCCUCUAUGGUGCCUCUUCACUGGCAUUCUCUACUACAACCGAUGAUGCAAUGUCGUUCGCAAAAUGACUCUGCAACUCCAUCAGUAUUUCCCGCAACAGAGUCAUGGCGGCCAUUUAUGUUCACGGAUCAAAGAAGUUGUAAUAAUAUUCCCAAUCCGGGGGCUCUGUUAUAUGUCUUGCCGUUGCCUUGUUUCUUUCCAUGGCGCUCCCCAUCAGAUGUUGCAUUUGCUCGACCCUCCAAUCAGGCUGAAAGGCAAACUGUGUCCCAAAUGAGCAGCCAAUGCAGUACUGAUUUUCCUUGUCAAUCAACUUUACCUUCGGUGAUCAAUAGAGAAAGUUGUCCAACAGUAUCUAACCUUGGAGGCGAUCACCAUCAUUCGGGUUUUACAAUCCCAGUGGAGGGACAUCAUAAAGUGGAAGGAGCUCAUCCUAACCCACCUGUUCUCACGCCAACACCAUUGAGUUGCAUUGUAGCAUCAAGGACGGGUGCAGGAGGGAGAGUUGGGGUUACCUCGGAACAGGAGUACUCUAGUGAGGAGGUUGUCGCUACUGUCACCGGGCAUCGGGGAAUUGCUGUGUCAGAAGGGUAUCGUGAGCUAGCUGCAGAUAUCAGCACAAAACCGGUGGAUACUGGUGCAGCUACAGAAGCAAGGAGGAGGAGGAGAGAACUUAUGAAACUAAAAAGCAUGCAGCCUGGUAGAUAUCCUGUGAGCUAGUCGCGUUGGUGGUGUGACACCGUGAAGAUGGAUCCAAGCUAAACUUGUUGGCUGGACUGGUUUUUUUUUUUUUUUUUUUUUUCCCUUCUUUUUAUAUUUCUUGUCGUUCUGUUUUAUGGUGUCAUUAAGCAGGAGCAAUCAGUAGCGAUUGGCCCGAAAAUGUUCCCACGUUCAGUUUCCUCUCAGAUUUUUGUAGGUGGAAGCAAUGUCUUCAUUUUCCUGUUGAGUUGUAUAUAGAGGCGGU